UCUCAAUAUCAUCUCCACCAUUGUCUGUGCUUUGGCAACAGCAAUGUGUUGCAUGCAGAUGGUUUCUUCUGAUCUUCUGCAAAUGGUUGCUGAGCCAGAUUCCUGCCGGGCCUAAGUGAGCGUAACUUCCCUGGGGCUACGCUGACUUAGACCAGCUGAACUCUCACCUGAGGAUUUCUUUUUCUUUCACUACUUUCAGCCUAUUGUCCCAUGAUCUGCAGUCCCCCUUUGCUCUACUACACCCAGAAAUCUGAUUAACUUCCUUUUUUCUUGCUUGCUAAUGCUGGAUUUGUGCUCUUUCCUUUAACUUUUCACUGAUGCAUGCAUCUUCUCUUAGCUGUACCAUGUUGGAAAUUUGACAGCAGCAGCAAGAGAUCCAGUCCUCAUAGCUGAAAAUGUUUAAAUUAUUGUGCUGAUUGUUUUACUCUGUUCUACAGUAUUCAAGAGCUCUGUAGGCUCUCCUGUAGCAAGAGGAGACAGGAGGGAACACCCUCCUUGGAUGUCAUUAGGUUAUCAUUAGAGCAAUCAGUUCUGUGAUUCCUGUGCUCUGUUAGUGUUCUUGUCUCAGAAAUUAGUCCAUUGGAAUGGUAAUUUUUGCAAGUUCAAAGAAUUCCAAUAUAUUACUUACUGACAUAAAGCAGGUACAACAGCCUCAAGAAAAUCUUCAGCAGUGAUUCUGUGAUUUUGUCAUUUGUUGAUGACUUUUGCAUAGAGCAAGUGUUUAGAUUCAUACAGGCCAACUGAUGUAUUUUACUGGAAACUGCUAUCUCCUGAAGAUCCCAACCUUUAGGAAAAACAUCCUAAAAACACAAGCUGCCUUCUAGUAAGCACAGUUUAAAUUUUCCAGUGAAUUUGAAGAGGAUUUUUAUUUUAUUUCAGGUUCUAAGGAAAAAAAAAUAUUGCAAAAUACCUCAGAGUGGUUUUAUUGCUUUGUAUUUUAUUUUAUAUUUUUUCAAGAUUGUUCCUUAUUUGAGUUGGCUGUUUCAGAAAGUACCCCAAAAUUUUCAUUUCACUUUAACCUUUCUCACUGUGUUAAGUAUAUCCAUUUGCUCGAGAAAGAAACCGUACCAAUUGUACUAAAGCUGCAAGAGAAAAUGAUACCGUAGCUAAAGAUCAAAAAGGCAUUUGUUGUGUUUCACUGGAGAGUUUAAGGCUGCACUCCAUUACAGGGCUUCCUAGAAUUGUUCUUUCUGUGUCCACACCCCUCCAGGAGAUAAAUGUGAAUCAAAUCAGAUCAUAUCAAGGCUCUGUAAUGUGAAGAAACCUCUCUUAAUAACCAAACUGUCACUUCCAUGAUAUCUCAUUUGUUCCCUGAGGCAGUUUCAGUUUGCAUCUUGUCUGAUGAGUGGCUACUGGGAAAAUGCACCCUGUUUUCUUCAGGAGGUAGCUGCCUGGAUUAAAGUAAGAAAUAUAAGAUAUUGCACCCACUGUGGCCGAGCUAAAGCAUAAAUUACACCUAUUCCAGUCCUCCUUCCACUCCAGAUACGUUUAUACAGUUCUUAUCCUAGAAGUGCUGGCACUGAUAUCAAGUGUGUUCUGAUUUUAUCACUAUCACUGUUAGUAGCUGUUCAUGUUGUGUGAUACCUAAAACCAUCUGUUGUUUUGUAAAGAAAAUAAGGUAAUGAUGACACAUGCAAGCUGUAACAUUUAAUUACUGUUUUCAUCAGUCCUAAUGAUAAUUCAGCAUGUCAUUAUCUUAAUAGGCUGUAGUUAAUAUUUCUACUCAAGCACCUUGCAGAAAGCACCUCUGUAUGAGGGUAACAUCUUGCUGGCAUUGUUUAACCCCCACAUUCUGGUGAAAUAGUAAUUUUAAAAACCUGCAGGGUGAAGCUUCAGGGUGAGAAUUGAUCUUACAUUAUUACAUAUAAUUUAUUAUUUAAUCUAGUUACAUCAAAACCUAAAUAAUCCUUUUUUGGACACAAAGCUCACUUACAGGUACUGUAAAAGCCAUCUGACAGUCCCUUUAGAAAUAUGCAUUGGGAGUGAUGUACAUCUAUAGAAAGAUCCUAAAUGUAAAUAUGGUUGCAGAAAUACUCCCCCUCACACCCACCAUAAAUGCAAACUUUAGGUCAGAAAAUCUUUUGACGUUUUUAAAAAAUGUACCAUUUUUCAUCAAACAUUUUAUUGGUAGAAUAAGAAUAUUUAGUAUUUAAGACUAAAAUAUGGUCAGUACUUCAAAAAAAGAUAUCGCAGAGCAAUGCGCAUGAGGCUACAGAGCCAAUGGCUUGUGACAACUGCAGGAAUAGCAACUGGAAACAACUGAGCAGAAAAAUCUGAAUGUGUUUUCCUUAUCAAAAUAUCUUCUGUCUCAUAAUUUCCCUUUAAGAUCAGGGACAAAUUAGAACAGUCAGCCAUGGUCCUGUUCUUGUAGACAGUUGGAGUCUACAUUUCCCUUCAGCAGAUACUGAUUCCAGUGUUUCAGAAAAGGAAAACAACAACUUGUCCAAGAGGGCAGUUAAUUGAAGACAGAAUUAUAGAACUGAGUGUAUAGCACAGAGCUUUUACUCAGAAUAACAUGCCAGUAUUUAAUUAUAUGCAAUUAGAAAUUUUUAUUUCCCAUUCUCAAAAAUCAGCAGAUUUUUAUAAAUGACUGGAAUGAGAAUAAUGAACUCUGGAGUCUGCAAAGGACUAAUUUUGAUGUUAUACAGUAUAUUUAAUAAACGUGAUAUGGAAGGCAGAGGUAAUUACUUGCAGAUAUAGGAAAAACUCCAGAUAAGUUUCCCUUAGAGCACCAGGCACACACUGAUAGAUGUCACUUGUGGUUUAGGUAAGCUGUAAUUGCUGAGCAGUGGCUCCCAGCAGUGGCAUUUACGUGGGGUCAGUGGUGCUGAGCAGCUGCAGGAUACACAGAGCACAGGAUGUCUUUGCUGAUGCUCAGUGGGGAGGUCCCAGAGCUGGGAAUCCUGGUGCAGAGUUGAUAUUCUCACGUACCUUGGGCAGAAGGAUGAACCACAUGGUAUCACAUAAGGAAUUAUUUCAAUAGAUAAUUAUAUUGACAGGUCUUACCUGCUGUUUCUUCAGUUCCUUAACGGGGUCUCCUUCAUCAUCUUUUACUUCAGUGUACUCAAAAUAUUCAGAACAUGAAUAAUAUCUUCUGAUCACUUCAGUGACCAACUUAGAGACAACCUUUCAGAGAAGAGCUGGAAAUCUGGGCUGAAGAAAAGAGAAUGGGUUUUACAAUUUUACACAUAUUUAUGUAAAGGUGUUUAUUUCACCUGAAAAAAUUAAUCACUGAGAGAUGUGUUAUUCUUCACUGGGCAGGGAUAGCUGAUGUGUCUGGCUGCAGCCUGUGAGCUGGCAGAGGAGGUCACUGGUGUUCAGCCCAUUGUUGGCUGUGUGGAAUUCUCAGUGCUAUGGCAAUGGACCCUUGAGCAUACCUGUAUUUUCAAAAACUUUUACCUCUUCUGGAAGUGGGGUACUUCUAGCAUUUGUGCUUCUAAUUCUCUGCUUCUUAACAAUUUGCUGCUGCUGCCAUGGAAAACUUCUGUAUUGAAUGUGGGUCCAAGCAGUGGGUUUACAGCAUUUUUCAGCUUUCUUGUUUACCCUGCUGCAACCAGACAGAGAACAUUUCCUCAUAACUGCAGACAAAAUAAAAAAAAUAAGUAGUUUUUAGUAUGAGGGCUGUUUAAAUCAGGCUGUUCAACUCUGUCCGAGUCAGAUGUGCCCAGUGAAAACACACUGAGUUCUGUGGUCAGUGUGGGCUCUGUGUUACACAUCCCUUUAGCACAUGCACUGGGCUGUGUAAUGCCCACCUUGUAUUGGACACAUUUCACACACUAAACCAAGGCCAAAGAUGAGAAAACACCUGUGUGAGUGUAAUAGUUAGAAUGCCAAGCUUCAAACACAAGCUCAACUGUUUCCUAAAAGCAGAGCAUGAAUUCCAGAUCUGUAUUUCAUUGCCUGUCAGAUUUCUGACAGCUCCCAGUAUCCAGGAGCUCCAGAAGGGUAACAGAAAUGGUUGAGUCUUUUGGAUUUCCACAGCCAUGGGCUUUCUCUUUCUUUCAAGUAAAUAUCUUUGAAGUAUCUGUUGAUAGCUAGAAAUUUUUGCUAAGCUUUUAACGCAGUUGGGUGUUUAGGGUGUAUGCUGUUCAUCCUUGUCUGCAACCAUUUCUAUCCAUUGCUUCCCCAGUGGCCAUUAGUUUAAUCCCAAGGCUGGCUGGGAGUUGUUCUGUAGUGUGAGCUGUAGUUUUUGACAUGAUAUUUGAGUGCAACUUGAUCCUGUUUAUCCUGGUGACUGAACAGACCACCCCCAUUUUCUGCUUGGCAGUUCUUGUUGCCUGUCCCGCUUGCCAUCAGUAUCUUGAGACUGGUUAUUUGAUAACAGCUGUCUUCUAAUGCCAGAAAUGGGUGUUUCUGCGUGAAAGUAUUUGUCAGUGUUUCUUCAGCUUUCUCAGCUUUUUGUGUUUUAUUACUGUCUUUUUUUUAACCUAUGAAAUUUGUAUUAAGCCUUUACUGAAACACUGCCAGACUUCACUAUUUGAGACUAACUCUUGAAGAUUUUUAAAAUAAAUUUUCCUGUAGGAAGAAUAAGCUUUUACAGGCUAGCAGAGAUCAGUAGAUAACGUAAUAUGGAAUAAAAUAUGACUUAAUUCCCACUUACUAGCUUUCAAUUGUUUUCUCAAGGAUAUCUGCUCUUUGUGGUAAUCCCUUAUAUUUGCUAUGGUUUCAUUUCCUGCUAGUUUCCCUCUUACAGCCUUUUUCACUUUAAUUUCUGUGCCUUCCAGCAGGAUGAUAUCACACAGUGGUAAGAGCAUCACUCCCAACAUGAGGCUCAAUGGAUCCAGCUCCAGGGAACUCCAGGACUGAGGGAAUGGAGCUACAAGUUCUCUGGUGCAAACCAAAGCUCGGGGUCCAUGGCAGUAUGGAAACAGUCUGGGAGAAGUUUCUGCCACAGAGGCCACAUUCUGCUAAUCCUGACUGCAUGACUCCACAUGGAACUGUCCUGCACCAAACCUUGGAUUUUGAUGAGUUCAUCCCACCAAUCCCACCCCCUCCCUACUACCCACCGGAAUACACCUGCACGCCCGUGGGGGAGGCACAGAGAAGUCUCCAUCUGGACUUCCCUCAUUCCCCAUUUGGUGCUUUAUAUGAAGUAACCAUCAAUAGCCCAGGGAUGCUGUAUCCAAGUGAGCUGCCCCCUCCUUAUGAGGCAGUGAUUGGAGAGAUGCCUGCCAGUCAGGUCACUGGUGCUGCUCAGCAAGUGUCUGAAUCAAGCCUGGGGGAGAGGAACACAACUCCAGACUUCAGCACACAAGUUUCUGUUGAGAGCACCUCUUUGAUGGUCUCUGAGGCUGUUGAUAUCCCAGACCGUAGCUACUCCUCUGAAGAUCUCUGCUCGCUGGAAGUUCAAGGAUCUCUCCACUCUGCAGACCUUUCUCCCUACUGCAUAACCCCCAAGGGGGCUGCAGACCAGAGCAGCAGUGCCCUGGAUUGCCACACUCACUGCAGGUUUCACAGAACUCGCUCAGAGGGCUUCCCUGAUGAGGGUGACAGUUCCCACAGCCGAGCCUCUACAGACAGGUCUCAAGGACAGGAAAAGAACUGUGCCCACGGCAGGUCCUUGGACUGUUCCUCAGGGAAUUACAGCCCCUCAGAAAGAGAACUGCAGAGUUCUGCUCAAGAGAGCAGUGCCACACCACCUUUGAAGCAAAAGAAAACCUGCUGUGUGGACUUUAGCCAGCCUCCUGCCCCUUCCCAAACCUCUCCCUGUUUUGGGCCUGCAAAUGCUUCACCAUGUGCAAGUGGCCACGAGGCCACUGUCCUGCAGCAGCACGGUACAGAACAGCCAGCCCCAAACAUCGUCCGAUCCAGCAGUGCCCCUGUGUCCUGUUCCUCUGAAGGUGAUAAUUGUGCCUGGACUCCUGUGUGCAGGCAGUGCCAUGAUGCAGGAUUAUCUCCAGCUACAGGAGAAACAGUUCCUGUCUCUGGUUGUCAUAUGGCUGCCUCUGCUUGCCUGCAUUCUUUGAGCAGUUCCCUACCAACUGGAAAACAGAGGGAUACAAGGAAAAUUGAUCUGCACCUAAAGCCAAAGGCUUUUCACACAGUCUCAAAAGAGCGGCCACACUCCUUAGUGGACCUUAAGGCCUAUAAAGACACAAAAAUUCUAGUGGCAAAGUUUUUGGAACAUUCAAACUGUAAUCUCCCUCCAGAAGUGUGUCACGUAGUGAACAGCAUACGGUCAGUCAUUAAAUCUGAUGAGAGACACAUGGAAGAAGCCAUCUUCAGUGCCAAUAUCAUAGACCAGGUAAUUACGAGUUCCCAGCAGAAUGUGAACAGCUGCAGGAAGAGGCUGCAGGGAGAUCUGCACCUGCAGAGCUGUGGAGCUCUGAGCUCUCCCGCUGCCCUGGUGCGCCGGCCCCGGCUCAGCCGCGGCUUGGAGCGGGAGAGGCCGCACAGUUUAAUCGGAGUCUGCCGGGAGACCAUCCUUUGAGACUAUCCACAGGUAUGUCAUGCCAGCAGAGACACUUAUGGAAGAAACCAGGACUGGGAGAAAUACUAGUGGAUGACUUUUAAAGGAAAAAGUGUCUUCCUUUGGAAUUCCACUUUUUUCCCCACAGCAGGAUGAGAACAGCUGUUUUUCUGAAUGUAAAUUUCAGCCUUGAUUUUUGCAAACUUUUAAUUGAUUUAUUAAUUCAGUUAUAACAAAUGUUUUCCCAAUGAGAAAUGCAUUUAUUUCACUGUACUUACAGAAAUGCUACUGAUGCUGCCCAGCAUUUCUGGAAAACCAUUGCAAACUCACCAGAGACUGGCUGUACAACUUAAAAGUUGUAUUUAUUUAAUGUACCUCAAAGUGUUUUAACUAUCGUCAGUGUUUUAAUAAAAAAGUAUUUCUGGACUUUGCCUUUUCAACAACUGAUUUGGAUACAAACAUAAAGGUGAUUUAUACACACAUACAGAGCCACUUCUAAUCCAUUCUUCCAGUGUCUUUCAUUCCAGACCAACUGAUGUGUCCAAUUAAAACUGCUGUCCCCCUCCCAGUGCUGCCCUUUUAAACUCCAGUACUGGCUGCAGUGUGGUUUAUUCCUGCUUUCUUAUGAAUGUUCACGAGUUCAGUCCUGCACUAGUGGGAGCAACCAAGAACUGAUGUUUAAUCCUCUGCAGUGUGUGACCAAAAGAUGCAUUAGGGAAGAAGAUUGAAGUUCUGCAUUUCCAAAAAGCAUCUUUCACAAACGUUUUACCAACACCAACUGAAAGGAAAUUAGAGGAAUUUUUAUCUAGCAGAGCCUUCAAUAUUUUCAAAAAGAACUGUUACUCCAAUUCAUAGUAUUAACAAUUUUAUUACUAAAACACGUUAAUGUGGUUCUGCUGUGUUUAUGAUUUAUUAACAUUGAUCUUUAAAAAAAUAUCAAAAAGUAAAUACUGACACUGAUUUCAUUACCAGCAUAAACACAGGUCUGCCAGCAAAGUCUUCCAGUGCAAGCUUCAUCCUGGCUCUUUCAGAGGAAAUUGGAAAGGCCUUAAGCAGAAGGUUCUCAUAAAGAACCUACCACAGGUUGAUGUUUCGGGGUUUUAAUUUUUUUGCAGCAGUGCUUGUCAGUAGGCUUAGUUUCCAUUUGAGGUUUAAUCAUAUACUGGUUUCAUUUGUGUCACUCUGAGCUGGGCAGACAUCCUGUGAAAAGGUCACAAAGGAACGUAGCUGAAGAUGGGUGGUUUAAGUUUUACAGAUUCAUCCAUUUUAAUGUAUUUUAAUUAUAGCAUGCUUCUGUAUUGAUGUGAAGUUACAGUGACAUCCAGUGGCAACAAGGUAUGCUAAUUGAAAGCUUCUACUCUCAAGAUUAUAAUGAUACACAAAUUCCUAAUUCAAGAGAAUAUUUCCUUACUAAAAAAUAAUCUGUGACCUUUGCAACUGCACUUAGAUGAAGAAUUAAAUGAUCUUCUACUUGGAAUUUUUUACUAUGUAAAGUUACACAACAAACAAAAUGAGCAAGCUUCCUUUCUUAUUUCAGAUUUAUUUGUGAUAGGUUAAUUCUUUCCUAAGGUCAGUUGCAUGCAACACACUACUCCUUGAAGUACAGUCAUCUAAAGCUCUUUAGUUACUGCAUGGUAAGGCUUCUUAAGUCACAGUGUAUUUUCUUCAAGGCCUUGGCCAAAAGAAAAAAAUUAGACAAAGUUACACCAAUUAACAUUUAUCUCAUAAAGAAUACAACUUUACUACUAGGUUUUUUUAUCUACACACAUUCUAAUACUGCUGAUGGUGCUAGGUUAUUUGUCAAAACAAUUUACAUUCAGAACACAUUGCCUUAGGAAUAAGAAUGCUUUAUAAAAGACAGAAACAGGUAAGCAUGGCUUUCCCAUUUUUAGUUAAUAUGAACAAAAAGGUAAUAUGCAAAAAUUAAAGAAAAAAAAAACCCAGCCCAACACAUACAUUACACAACCUGUGCAAUAAGUUAUCCAUGAAAUAACUCUGUUAAAUCAUAAAAAUCACAAGCAUUAAAAAUAAAUAUGUAUCUAAAUAAAUAUUUUGAUUUUAAUCUUGUGGCAAUUAUUCUUUAUUUAGCAUAUGAAACACUUGUUACAUGUUUAUGUUCACACCUUGCCAAACAGGUUACACUUGUCAUAACAAUACCAAGUACUACAGUGGUUUUCUUUACAGUAGAAUCUAAAAGUUUGAACUGCACACAUUCCUUU